AUGUCUUUAAUUGUGGCGCUGCAGGUUUCUCAACCAUCCCUGGAGACGGGAAAACAUACAGUGGCGCUGCAGGUUUCGCAACCAUCCAUCGAGACAAAAGAAAAAUAUACAGCGGCGCUGCAUGUUCCUCAAGCGACGCCGAGGUCAAAAGCCGCAUACUGCACAUCAUUUAACAGGAUGAAGCCAGCUGGAUCUGCUAGCCUGAGCCGCAAGGCAGACACCGCCUUGCGAAAGGCAAGCGUUGCCGCGAAGGCCCCCAGACUUAGAUCUCAGGCAAUCGACAACGCUGAAGUGGCCAAGGUGAUCACCAGCACGCUUGCAAAAGUACGCUCAACAACCAGAGAUCGAGAUCGCCACGCAAUAAGGUUUGCGUCGAAGACCAUUGCCCUCCGGUACUCAAAUAGUUCAGGCUUAGCACGUCCGGAUGUGAAGAGCUUCACCAUUUUGACAGAACGAGCCAACUUUCGCACUCUACAGCACUUUCAUACUUGGGGUGUUCCUGACGAGGCGAUAUUUCAAGGAAAUUUCCGAAUACCUCUACCCUCCCGUCGCCCCGCGGAGUAA